AUGGCGGAACCUGGAAUUUCUCCAAUCAGUGCUGAAAUCGUAUCCCUGCUCGCCUUGAUGCAGCAGCAGAUGAAAGCGGCUGAGGCACGCGAGACUCGCCUCACCACACUGGUCGAAAACGCAACGCGCGACAACCAGACACCACCCAGCACUUCGACAUCCUGCAGUCAGAAGCCGAUUUCUGUCGAGCGACCGGUGUUGCUCAGCACUGCAACCAUGGUCGAUUUCACGGCAUGGGAGGAGGCUUGGAGAGAUUAUGCUGUGUGCCAGCACCUCGCCAGCCAAAGUCGUGAGACUCGGGUGUCCGCUCUUCGCCAGGCGUUCGAUGCCGACAUUCGUCGUUUCAUGCGCGAAGAUGUGAUUGUCAUCUCCCACAGUGCCGAUGCUCCGGAGAUCAUCAUAGCAGUAAAAGCGUACAUCCGACGCCAACGGAACCCCCUCCUAGAUCGAAUUGCGUUUUACGAUAGAAAGCAGCAGCGCAAUGAGUCAUUUGACUCCUUCUUUACUGCAAUGAGGGAGCUGUUUGCACAGUGUGAUUUCCCUGAUAUGGAGCUGUGCAGUACGUGUACACCUCAGCUAUGCAGUACUUGUCCCCAGAGCCUCCGCAAGGUGACGGACGACAUGAUGCGAGACCGCAUCGUAGUUGGCAUAGCCAACGACGACACGCGCCAUAAGCUCCUGGCAGCUCCGUCCCUCACCCUGGAAACCGCGGCCAAGAUCUGCAGGGCUGAAGAAGCCGCACAGCAGACCGGUGACGGCAUGGUACCGGCAUCCGUGAAUGCCGCAACAAGGUCAUCGUAUCAACGCAGCAAAUCCGCUUUGGUUAGUAAGCCGAAAUCUGCUGCAGCUGACAACCCGGCGAAGUGCUCGCAGUGCGGACGAUCCCAGCACACGAAGUCAAUGUGUCCUGCCAAGGGCAAAGAGUGCCGUAAGUGUAAGGGCAGGGACCACUUCGCGGCAAUGUGCCGCAAGACCAUCGCAUGCCUCACCAUUCACGCAGUGCAGGCUGGUGACAAAGUGAUGCUGUCAACACGUCUUGACGACAACGACCGGUCGUGCACGUUAGAGUGGUUGCCAGAUACUGGCUCGGAUGUUGAUGCUAUUGGUGCUAGUCAUCUCCGCAGACUUGGUGGCAGUGUAGCUGAUCUGGAACCUGACCCCGACCAUGUUGUCGCCGUGAACGGUCAGCCAUUGACCAGCUUGGGAACUGUUCCCGCCAGGGUUGUCGCUCGUGAUGUCACGCACACCACUCGUCUACAUGUGUAUGACGAACUCAGUAGCGCAUUGCUGUCGCGCUCCUCGCUCAAGGCGUUAGGUUUCUUGCCGCCUAACUGGCCACAGAUCGCUUCAGUGACACAAGGGACAUCCCGUUCUGCAGAGCACAGCAACCCUACACCAGACCAGCGUGUACGUAUCCGCCAGGACCUCCUCGACGAGUUCGCUGACGUAUUUGCAGAGGACACGCUCCGACCCAUGGACGGUCAGCCGAUGCACAUCCAACUCGCGCCUGACGCCCAGCCGUUCAAGUUGAACAAUGCCCGUUGGUUACCUUACGCCUAUCGUGACCAGGUGAAACUCCAGCUGGACAAGAUGGUUGCAGAUGGCAUCAUCGCACCGGUCUCAGAGCCAACGGAGUGGUGUCACCCCAUCGUCAUAGCCGAAAAGAAAGGCACUGCAGAAGUCCGGAUGACGGUGGAUUUCACUAAGCUUAACAAGCAAGUCGCCCGGCCCGCGCAUCCCAUGCGCGCAUCUCGCGAUGUUGUUUCUAACCUUGGUAAUGCCCAGUAUUUUACCAAGCUGGAUGCUCGCCACAGCUACUGGCAGGUCCCCUUGGACGAGGAGUCCAGAAGCUUGACCACAUUUAUCACACAGUGGGGCAGAUAUCAGUACCUGCGGAACCCACAAGGUCUGAUUUCUGCUGGCGACGAAUUCAACCAGCGGACCGAUGCAGCAUUCGCUGGUAUUGAGCAAUUCUCCAAGGUCGUGGAUGACUGCCUGGUCUUCACUGAUUCCUUUGAGCAGCACCUGGAACGAACUCGUGAAGUUCUUCAACGCGCUCGUCGGUAUGGUAUCACCCUGUCAGCCAAGAAGUUUGCUUUCGCCGAGACCGAGAUCAAUUUCUGCGGCUACGUGAUAAACAAGUCCGGCUGGAAGACAGACCAGGAAAAGACCCGCGCUAUCACCGACUUCGAGAUCCCUGCCAAUCGCACUGACUUGCGAUCAUUCAUGGGUCUCGUCAACCAGUGCAGUGAUUUCACCUCAACCAUCGCCGAACACGCAGCGCCUCUCCGCGGUCUGCUGAAAGCCAAGAAUGAGUUUCUCUGGCUACCCGAGCACACAGUCGCUAUGGACGCUGUGAAGCAAGCACUUGUUGACCCACCGUUAUUGGCCUUCUUCGACCCGUCAGCACAGACACGUCUCGAGUGUGACGCCGCUAGGACCAAGGGUCUCGGAUUUGGCCUCUGGCAGUACCAGAAUAAUUCGUGGCGCCUCAUUCAGUGCGGCAGCAGAUUCAUCACCGACACUGAAUCCCGGUACGCAAUGAUCGAACUGGAGAUGUUGGGUGUCGCCUGGGCCAUCCGAAAAUGCCACACCUAUCUUGCUGGCAUGUCGUUUCAUGUAGUUGUUGACUAUCAGCCCCUUGUUCCAAUAUUGAACACAUACACACUGGACCAGGUUGAGAAUCCUCGGCUCCAACGUCUGAUGACCAAGGUACAACUCUAUCAAUUCGACGUCUCGUGGCGCAAGGGCUCUGAGCAUGCCUUUGCUGACGCCUUGUCGCGUGCUCCAGUGCAGAACCCGGUUGCCGAUGAUCUCCUGGGAGAAGCCGACUCGCUAUCUGGACAAGCCAUCCGUGCAUGCCUUCAGCAGGAUGACUCCGGAUCAGCACUAUUUGGUCUCCCGUUCUACGAGCUCCGCGAUGCCGCUCAGUCUGACGUGGAUUACGUUCAGUUAGUCUCCUAUAUCCGUGACGGCUUCCCUUCUGCCAGACGUCACAUGCCACCUGCUCUCGCUCCGUAUUGGAAUGGCCGUGAGCACCUCACCCUGGAUAACGGCAUUGUCCUCCGUGGCUCUCGUCUUGUUGUGCCCCAGUCUCUACAACGCCGUGUACUGACUGACCUGCAUUCGUCUCACCAGGGCCUGGAACGUACCAAGCGUCGUGCGCGUCAAGUGGUUUACUGGCCGAGGAUGAGUGAUGACAUCACAGCCCUGAUCCGUGCCUGCCCUGUCUGUCGUGAGCUCCAACGUUCGCAGCAGAAGGAGCCAUUGAUGCGCGAGCCACAGCCGACAUUUCCAUUCGAGUAUGCCAGCGCAGAUCUCUUCUCCUGUCAAGGCUGGCAGUUCCUGGUAUAUUCUGACCGUCUGUCCGGCUGGCCGUGUGUAGCUCGAAUUGGCCGUACCGCUACCUCCCAUGACAUCAUUUGUCACUUCCGCCGUUGGUUCGCAGAUGUUGGCGUACCGCGCAAGAUAUUCACUGAUGGAGGCCCGCAGUUUGCCGCUUCCCGUGUACGUGAGUUCUGUGAGCGUUGGGGUGUGGGACAGUGCUUUUCCACCCCACACUACCCUCAAUCCAAUGGCCACGCGGAAUCAGCAGUGAAAGCAGUGAAACUGCUCAUUGAGAAGACGACCCGGAAUGGAGAUCUGGAUGUAGACUCCUUCCAACGCGGACUGUUGGAGUGGCGCAAUACUCCCCGCCCUAAUGGCAGCAGCCCCGCCCAAGUGUUGUUCGGUCAGUCCCUCCAGUCGUUUGUGUUCGCCCACCGUGCCAGCUUUGAUCGACACUGGAUUGCGUCUGCUGAAGCUGUGGACUCUGUAGAUCCGAAAACACAUUAUGACAAAUCGGCCCGCUCUCUCCAUUCUCUACAGAUUGGCACCCAUGUUGAUGUUCAGCACCACCAGACCAAGCUGUGGUCCAUGCGUGGCGUCAUUGUAGCAAUUGGCAGUCGGCGCGACUACUUCGUCAAGAUGCCCAGUGGCCGUGUCCUCUGGCGUAAUCGCCGCUUUCUCCGUCCGUAUGUUCCCCCGUGUGUUGACUCCGCUAGUCAUACGCCUUCCCCAACUUCAUCAGUACGUGUACCUACUGACGCCGCUACCCAGCCUGUUCGUCGUAGCACUCGUAUUCGCAAGACACCUGAUCGUCUCACCAUUACAUCUACGUCUGGACAAUCAUAUGUGUGA